AUGGACAUUGAAAAGUGCACAGGUUGGGCGCGUGAUGAUGUGCUAGAGAAUUGCACGCAGCUUAAAAAGAGAUUGAUAAAGCUGUUAGAGAAGGAGAAAGAAGUAGUGCUGUUGCAGCGGCAACUGGAGAUGGCACGAAGGGAACUGGACCUGAUAAGGUCGCAGAAGAACGAGCCCAAUAAAGGCGGCACGAAGGACGGGCUACCAGGCUGGGCGAGACAAGCAGCCAAGAUCGAGAAGAUUGACUGCGAGCGAAUACAGGCGAUUCUCAGGGAGGACGCCGAGGAGGCCCGUGAGGCGUUGAGCCGGCGUAGUGAGGCAUCAGUUGGAGCCGUUGAAGAUGCCGAGAACGAUGAGGGCACCUGGAAGACCGGUGCCAGGACAGUCGAGCAGCGGAAGACCGCCACUGAGAGAUGGAAGGAUUUCUAA